UCCAGACAGCCCCAUAUCGUGCAUCAUAUCAUCCCCCAAAACAACCCAUUGAGCUGUCCUUCCAGUGGAAAUCCCUAGUGAGCUUCACGGUCGACGGGAAGAAAAUUAAGGAAAACAAUGAAAAACCCUCAUGUUCUACUUAUUCCAUAUCCAGCACAAGGCCAUGUGCUUCCCUUAAUGGAAGUUGCACUCCAUUUAGUAAAAUAUGGCUUCAAAAUCACAUUUGUAAACUCCGAGUUCAUUCAUGAACGAGUUAUCAAAUCAAUGCCGGAGACCGACAACGUACGAGAACUCAUAAACAUGGUUUCGUUACCUGACGGGUUAGAAUCCUCUGAUGACAGAAGUGAUACGGGAAAAUUGUGGGGAUCAAUUACUAGGGUCAUGCCCGGAGAGCUAAAGGUUCUUAUUGAACGGAUUAAUGGUUCGGAAAGUGAUAAAAUCAGUUGUAUAAUUGCCGAGGCCAGCUUGGGUUGGGCUAUCGAGGUUGCAGAGAAAAUGGGAAUCAAGAAAGUGGCUUUCUGGCCAGCGGCAUCAGCGUUAUUCGCCCUGUUAUUCAAAAUUCCGAGCCUUAUUGACGAAGGAAUCAUAGACAGUGAAGGUUAUUACAGCUUUAAACAUAAAUUAGUCUUCACUACUUUAUUCUAAACCCUGUUAAUUUUU